AUGGAGGGCGCCGAGGCGGCCGCCCGCGGCAGCAGCAGCCCCGGCCCCGCGCAGCCCCGCCGCUCCUCCUGCGGCCCCGGCCCGCCCGGCGGCGAGGCGGCAGCGGCAGCGGCGGCCAUGGAGGAGUCGGUCGGGGCGCCUCCGUCCCCGGAGAUAACGGCGGCGAGGAAGCAGCAGGGGGUGAAACGGCAUCACCACAAGCACAAUCUGAAGCAUCGCUACGAGCUGCAGGAGACCUUGGGCAAAGGCACCUAUGGCAAAGUCAAGCGGGCCAUCGAGAGGUUCUCUGGCAGAGUGGUUGCAAUAAAAUCCAUUCGUAAGGACAAAAUAAAGGAUGAACAAGAUAUGGUUCACAUCAGACGAGAGAUUGAGAUCAUGUCAUCCCUCAGCCACCCUCAUAUCAUCACCAUAUAUGAAGUGUUUGAAAAUAAGGAUAAGAUUGUGAUCAUCAUGGAGUAUGCAAGUAAAGGAGAGUUGUACGAUUACAUCAGUGAGAGGCGGCGAUUAAGCGAAAGAGAGACAAGACACUUCUUUCGACAAAUAGUCUCUGCUGUGCAUUACUGCCACAAGAAUGGGGUUGUCCACAGGGACCUAAAAUUGGAAAACAUUCUUCUUGAUGACAAUUUUAAUAUUAAGAUUGCUGAUUUUGGACUCUCCAACCUUUAUCAUAAAGACAAGUUUCUGCAGACCUUUUGUGGAAGCCCACUGUAUGCUUCCCCUGAAAUAGUUAAUGGACGGCCUUACAGAGGCCCAGAGGUUGACAGCUGGGCCCUUGGUGUAUUGCUUUACACUCUGGUUUAUGGAACGAUGCCCUUUGAUGGCUUUGAUCACAAAAAUCUCAUCAGGCAGAUCAGCAGUGGAGAAUAUCGUGAGCCAACACAGACCUCAGAUGCUCGUGGUCUUAUCAGGUGGAUGCUGAUGGUGAACCCUGAACGCCGAGCAACCAUUGAAGACAUUGCCAACCACUGGUGGGUUAACUGGGGCUACAAGAGCAGUGUCUGUGACUGUGAUGCCAUGAGGGACUCUGAGUCCCCACUGCUGGCAAGGUUCAUUGAUUGGCAUCACCGUUCUACUGGCCUCCAACCAGAGACUGAUACCAAAAUCAAGUGCCUUUCUAAGCCCAAAGGUCCUGAAGUCACACUAGAGAGACAAAGGUCUCUGAAAAAAUCAAAAAAGGAAAAUGACAUUGCACAGUCCAUCCAGGAAGGAGGAGCUGAAAAUGCAACCAAACCGACCUCCAAGAGACCCAAAGGCAUCCUGAAGAAAAGGAGCAACAGUGAACAUCGCUCUCACAGUGCAGGUUUCAUUGAAGGAGUUGUCAGCCCAGUGUUACCCUCUGCUUUUAAGAUGGAGCAAGAGUUGUGUAGGGCUGGCGUGGCCAUUAAAAGUGUUGUAGAGGGAGAAGUAGCUGGCAAGUAUGGCACUAAGCAGUCUUCACUAAUGCCAAAAAAAGGAAUCUUAAAGAAGACUCAGCAGAGGGAGUCUGGCUAUUACUCCUCUCCAGAAAGAAGUGAAUCUUCUGAACUCUUGGACAAUAAUGAUGAGACAGUAAACAGUGACACUUCUCCAGGGGUCACAGAGCCAUCCAGAAAUGGGUCUUACAGCCAUUCCUGCAGGCGUAAGGGCAUCUUGAAACAUAGCAGCAAGUAUUCUACCAACAGCACUGAACCUGCUUUGAUUAGCCCUGACACACCAACACUGGAGGCCAUGAAAGAAAUGGUCUUGCCUGGGGACGCAUUACCUCGAAGUUACAGUCGCCCUUCCAGCGUAAUUAGCGAUGACAGUAUUUUGUCCAGUGACUCAUUUGAUUUGCUGGAUUUGCAAGAGAACAGGCCAAACAGGCAGAGAAUACGGAGCUGUGUCUCUGCUGAAAAUUUCCUCCAGAUUCAAGACUUCGAAGGACUUCAGAACCGCCCACGGCCACAGUAUCUAAAGCGUUACCGCAACCGUCUGGGGGACAGCAGUUUUUCUCUUCUCACAGACAUGGAUGAUGUGACUCAGGUCUACAAGAAAGCCCUAGAGAUCUGCAACAAGCUCAACUAGCAGAGGGAAGAUGGAAAAGGGAGGGAAAGGAGUUAUUCUGUGUACCUUUAUGAUGGAGUAAGCCAGGUCACUGAUUUGCUGACAGUGGUAGGUUUUGAUUCAGAGGAGCUGACUGUACCUACGUAACUGAACUCCAAGUAAAGUUGCCCCAAAGUCAUCUCACACUUCUCUAAUUUUGUGUCCUCAAAAUAUUACCUACCUGACCGGAGAAAAACCUUUGGUCUUUGUAUCUGUGAUGAAAGCACAUCAGGAGCUAGCAGACAAAAGCAUCAAGAUUUGAUGGCUCAAAGUCUAAGCUAGACAGAAUUAAAACUGGAAGUGAGGGAUACAUGUUUUGAGAAGUUUGUAAUUAAUAUUAGAUAGGCUUUAUUAAGAGAUGAUCUGAAUUCUUCAAGUCAGAUUUGGAUGCCUUUUAGAACCAAGAGGCUUUGUUUCCCUCUGAAGUUAUUGGUCUGGGUACAGUGAUUGCACAGUGGGAAUUUUUGGCUUGCAUUAUGGAGGACACCAGGCUAGGUGGUCACCACGGUCCCUUCCACCAGAGUGAAUUGAGAGGUUCUAAGACAAUUUGAGAGACUUGCCUCAGGAAAACCUCAUGAGGUGUUUGUGGACAAGCAAUGGAGCAGGCAUUCAUAUCUGAACCUCCCACAGUGUCCAGAGCCAUUGCUCUCCAGUGAGUAGAAAGUUCUAAAAUUCUUUCCAAUUACCAGUAAAAACAGAACCACAGAAAUGAUAAUGGCAACUGGAAAGAAUGGGUGUUUUCAGCAGCUAAGUGACUUUUUAAGGCAUUUCAACCCGUCUGUUCAAUCUGUGGCUCUUUCAAAAUGGCCAGCCAGAUGAAUGUCCAGACAAAGAUGGAUCUGACAAAGGGUCUCAAGGGUUAACUGACUCUCCAAUUGAGAGUUCAGUCACUGUCAGCAAGUGGUGCCACCUUGCUGCUAGCUAGUAGUAUUUGGGGGUAACAGUAGUUUGCAACCAGAAUGUUAGGUAAGGAAAAGGUUGUAGAAUGUAGGAAAUGGAUAGAGGUCAGAAAGUCAGUGGGACUUUGCCUUUCUGCAAAUGAAAAUCUUUCUAGGUUGGUGGUAAUGGAGCAGAAAGAAUAGAGUGAUGAAAUGAUAACAGUAGAUUUAAUAACAGAGUUAGCAUAAAGUUGUGGGCCUGCCUCUAUCUAGUUUAGCUGGUAAUGAGAGUACAGUGAUGCCAGUUUGAAAAAAAAAGGAUAUGUGCUUGUGUUCACAGACAUAUCCAACUGUCCAGACCGAAGGCUUCAACUCCCAUAAAGGUACCACAUGGGUCUACUGGAUUACCUGAAUGUAAGCCUAUGUCAGAAAGGCACUGUGUGUUUGACAGGCCUGGGCAAACUGGAAUCUUCAGGCCCAUUUCAGUCUCAUUUCCAUGAGCACAUAGCCCCUGGCUUUCUUGGAGGUGCACUGGUGUGAUUAAAUCACAGGUUUCUGCUGAUGAUGUCAAAUAAUCCACAGCUGCAAAACUUGCAUUCACACUCAUACCCAGAGCAGAGGGGCAUGGGGCAAGUUCUGGUCUCACUCCUGCCCUGUAACUGUAACUGAAAGCAGAGUUUGCCCCACUGUGUCCCAAAUCCUAGAGAUGGCGCAGAAACUGAAUAGAGUUCCUCUGGGGAUUCCUUGGGAAGAGGGGAUAAGUCCAUAUAUCAUUGGCAUCUGGAACAGGGAGCUAUUUCACUUGGAAAUUCCUCUUACUUGGAGGAAGUAAGUAAGUAAGUAAGUAAGUACAAUGUGUCAUGGUACUUAAGUCUGCUGAUUCCUCCUAAAAAUCAAGUGGUCUACCUAGCAUAAAGAUGAACCAGCUUGAGUUUCCUUAAUCAGUUAAUCUGCCUCUGUGGAAAACCUUUACUUUUUACUUAUUCACUUACAUUGGACCAAAUUUGACUCUGAAAUAAAUGGCAUCAAUACCGUGAAAUCUCUGAGAGACAUACUCUCAGGUGGUCAAGUGAAAUCUGGCUCACUGUCAUUUGCUCAGGAAGGGCAACUGCAGGUCACUUCUCUACAGGUGUGUACCUCUCUGUAUGAUAUUCAGACGUCUCAUCUUCUCUCACAAGCCCUGCAUGUGCUCUUUUACCCCAUCCCAAACCAGCACCCCAUUUUGCAGUGUGUUGAAUUAACAGGUUUGCUGUGGUGCAUUUUAAAACAGUGUAGUCUCCAUGGCCUUUCUGAAACAAGGGUGGAUGUGCCUUGCAGCCACUUGCAGCCUUGCAGCUUUUAACUCAUGCCCUGGAGGAAGUGUACGAGCUGCACCCUCAACUGGGGUGAGUCAGUGCUGUCCAGCUGAGGCCAGAGCAUCACACCUUCCCUGCACAUCUGGCACUAAACCUUGAGUGGAUUUAGAGAGGUUUCAGGACGAAGGGAAGGGAGUUGAACUGGCCAUGGCAGGGAAGUGAGGAGCACCCUGAAGGCUCCUAUCUCUGAGGCUUUUGCCCAGGCCUGCUUCCUUUUGUACAAAUGUGAAUGAGUGAGUGACUGCUUGCUGCCAAACUGGAAAUGUUAUGUAGGGAUUUACUGGCAUGUUACUGGCAUGUUACAUGUUUACUGGCAUGUUAUCAUUCCUAGAAGAGAAGAAAAAAAAAAAAAAACUUGACUGCACAUUGUUACUAUUAGUGUUGUGAUUCUUAUUUAAUUUUUUUUGUAAUACAAAGUCAACUUUUUUAUUUGAAUUUGUCUUUUUUUUUUUUUUUAAUUUAUUGGUCUGAAAGCCAUUUCAAAGUUAUAAUAAUAUAUUUGGUGUAAUUUAAUUGGUGCAACAUUAUUUUACAGCUCCGGCCAAAAUAGUUUGGUGUUAUUUUGGGGGGUUUUUUUGGUUUUUUUUCUCCCAAUCCUUGGUUGGUUUGAGCUCUACGAGGCACACAGGGAAAAACGCUGGAUAAUCACCCGAAGUGUUUGUAUUUUUAAUCUGAUACUGUUUUUUAUUAAAUAAAAUGAAAUUAAUGUAACUGUGAA